UAUGUAGAUAUUUUAUUUUUUUUUAAAAGCAGAUUGAGGGAAAAAGGAAAAGACAGUCAUUCACGUUUUUGAGGUUGACAAUUCUUUUAUUUUGAUGCUCAAAAUCAUUGACACUGUUCAGGCCAUGAUUGAAGGCUUCUUCUUUGCUUUGCAUAUAUAGAAAUUAACAGAGAGAAAGAGAGAGAAGAUAAAGGUUUUCAGACAUAUAUUGAUUCUUUGUUUAGACAGGAAGCAAAAGAUCAAGAAAGGAAGAGAAAGAGAGAAAGAAAGAGAAACAUAAGUUGUUUUUCUUACUGGGUUUUUGAUUCAGAGAGAGAGAGAGAGAGAGAGGGAGAGGUGGAAGAAGAUGGAUGAUAAUAGGGAGGGACAUGAUAUAGAGAUAGAAGGAUCAUUUGGAGGGAUGACAGAUGAUAAAGAGUACAAUUCAAUGAGAGAGCCACUCCUUUACCAGAGUAGAAAAAAUAAUACUUCCCAGAUUGCCAUUGUUGGUGCUAAUAUUUGCCCAAUUGAGAGCCUUGAUUAUGAAAUUGUUGAAAAUGAACUCUUUAAACAAGAUUGGAGAUCUAGAAAGAAGGUUCAGAUAUAUCAGUACGUUAUCCUCAAAUGGACACUUGCACUUCUUAUUGGAUUAGGUACAGGGCUUGUUGGCCUGUUCAAUAACCUUGCUGUUGAGAACAUAGCUGGUUUCAAACUUCUGUGGACUAACGGUCUCAUGCUUAAGGACAAGUAUUAUCUGGCGUUUGCAGCAUAUGCUGGUUGCAACUUGAUUUUAGCCAUUGCUGCUGCAGCUCUCUGUGCUUUUAUUGCUCCUGCAGCAGCAGGCUCUGGAAUUCCAGAGGUUAAAGCAUAUCUGAAUGGUGUAGAUGCUCCUUCUAUUUUAGCUCCUAGUACUCUUUUUGUGAAGAUUUUUGGAUCUGUCUUUGGUGUUGCUGGGGGAUUUGUUGUUGGUAAGGAAGGACCUAUGGUACAUACAGGUGCUUGCAUUGCCUCCUUACUUGGACAAGGUGGCUCUCGCAAAUACCAUCUGACAUGGAGAUGGCUGAGAUAUUUCAAAAAUGACCGAGACCGGCGAGACUUGGUCACUUGUGGUGCUGCUGCUGGUGUAGCAGCUGCCUUUCGUGCUCCUGUUGGCGGGGUUCUCUUUGCUCUUGAAGAAGCUGCUUCAUGGUGGAGGAGUGCUCUUCUAUGGAGGACUUUCUUUACAACAGCUGUAGUAGCAGUUGUGUUGAGAGCUUUCAUGGGAUUUUGCCAGAAUGGAAGAUGUGGGCUAUUUGGGGAAGGAGGUUUGAUCAUGUAUGAUGUGAAUUCAGCUAAAACCAAUUACAACACACCAGAUCUUCUGGCAGUUAUAUUCCUUGGAGUGAUAGGGGGAGCUUUUGGAAGCCUCUACAAUUUUUUGGUUGACAAGGUCCUUCGCACUUAUAGCAUCAUCAAUGAGAAGGGUCCAACAUUCAAGAUCCUGCUUGUCAUCAUCAUUUCCCUUUUGACCUCGUGUUGCUCGUAUGGCCUUCCAUGGCUUGCACCAUGCAUUCCCUGUCCCACCGACCUGGCGGAGGUAUGCCCCACUAAAGGUCGCUCUGGAAACUUCAAGAAUUUUCAGUGUCCAUCGAAUCACUACAAUGACUUAGCUUCCCUCUUUUUCAACACUAAUGAUGAUGCUAUACGCAAUUUAUUUACCUCUGGUAGUGAAAAGUCAUUUCAGGUCUCCACCCUUCUGGUUUUCUUUGUUGCUGUGUACUUCCUUGGCAUCAUAACUUAUGGAAUUGCUAUUCCUUCUGGGCUUUUCAUCCCUGUCAUUCUUGCUGGGGCUUCUUAUGGCCGCCUUGUUGGAAAGCUUCUCGGUCCCAUCUCUGAUCUUGAUGUCAGUCUCUUUUCUCUCCUUGGAGCUGCUUCCUUCCUUGGUGGCACCAUGAGGAUGACAGUUUCUCUCUGCAUCAUACUUCUUGAACUAACUAAUGAUCUCUUGAUGCUUCCAUUAAUGAUGCUUGUACUCCUUAUUUCAAAAACUGUAGCUGAUAGUUUCAACAAGGGUGUUUAUGAUCAAAUUGUGAAAAUGAAAGGAUUACCUUACAUGGAAGCUCAUGCUGAACCAUACAUGAGGCAGUUGGUCGCAAGUGAUGUUGUAUCUGGCCCAUUAGUUUCAUUUUCUGGAGUAGAAAAAGUAGGGAACAUAUUACAUGCUUUGAAAACAACAGGUCAUAAUGGAUUUCCUGUGAUCGAUGAGCCGCCUUUCUCAGAUGCUUCAGAAUUGUGUGGGCUUGUUUUGAGGUCUCAUCUACUUGUAUUGCUUAAAGGAAAGAAGUUCACAAAGCUAAGGAUAAUGUCUGGAUCAGGCAUUUUGACAAUAUUUAAGGCACAUGAUUUUGCAAAGGCAGGAUCUGGCAAAGGGAUCAAGCUGGAAGAUUUGGAUAUUACAGCAGAGGAGAUGGAUAUGUAUGUCGAUCUCCAUCCCAUUACUAACACAUCUCCAUACACUGUAGUUGAAAGUAUGUCUCUAGCUAAAGCUGCGGUCCUCUUCCGGGAACUUGGCCUCAGGCACUUGUGUGUUGUGCCAAAAACACCAGGGAGGCCCCCAAUUGUCGGAAUCCUGACGAGGCAUGAUUUCGUGCCUGAGCACAUAUUAGGACUUUAUCCACAUAUCAACCCCCACAAGUAAGGCAAGCAAAGCUAAUUGCAGUUACUGCUUUCUUCAUUGAUUAAAUUGAAGCCAUUUUCCUCCUGCUAUUUUUCUAUGCUGCCUCUAUCAUGGUCUGGGGCUCUUUCCAUGUGUACCAUAAUGAAUUAUUGUUGUAUUUAGGGGAAACUUUGAAACCUCCUGUGGAAAAUCUAUAGAGGAUGGUUAAAGUAGUUUCUACUUUUGAAAAAGAGAUAUAAGAUUCCCUUGUAUGUAUUAGAUUUAGAACUGUGCACCCAAUUGGAUUUAUUUUUUGUGCCAAGAUUACUUAUAGGCCAAUUUUUUUUUU